GGAAAUAGUACUACCGAAAAGCCAUCUCCCCUCAAGCGGCGGAAAACCCGCAGAGGCACCCAAAGCUGCUGGCAGUGCAAGCGGCGGAAGACGCGCUGUACCUUUGCUUCGCCUGGAGCGUCCGUGUGCGACGGCUGCAGGAGCCGCAAGGUCAAUUGCAUCAGCCAGCAAUUUGAAGAUGGCCUGGAGACUGUGGAUAAGGGCGAAGAGGCGAGAGACUCGGGCCGGACGAAGAACAAGGUCGGGAGACUAUCCUCGCCAUACGGAAUUGGUCUAAGGAACUCGGAGCUCCACGUCGGCAAGGACACGAAUAGGGAGACAGCAGUGAGUGUACUCGAUUGGCUUGAUAUAUUGCGCCGCCUUUUGACGCGCGCUGAAGAGCCCCUCCCCUGCGAAUCCCGGCCGAGGCACAUCUCAGCCCGUGAAAGACAGACAUGGUGGCCUAUGCCGAGCUCUCCUCCAAGUGUGGCCUAAAGAGGAAGAUCUGGAAAUAAUUCUUGAUGCUCCUGUCGAUACCUCAAUACUGUUUCACGGCAUAGUGUGCGUGCCUUACUCAAAUCUUCUGAGCCAGGCCAAGCCGUCAGCACGGGAGAUGCUUCAAUCGCCCUCACCGAGGUCCCACCCGGUCUUGAUAGCUCGGAAGCUUUUGCUCCUGGCUACUUUCAUGCAGGGCAUCACGGCAGACGCCAUGCAAGGCCUGGAGGCUCUCAGCAUCAGUCACAAAUCGACCAUGUCCCGCCUGGCAGAGGUGUCAAGCAAGUCAGUCACAAGCGACGAUGAGCUGGUCGGCUCGCUCGAGGGGAUCGAAUGCAUCAUGAUCGAGGCAAUGUAUCACAAUAACGCGGGGAAUUUUCGCCGAGCGUGGGUGACUCACCGACGAGCAAUGACCAUAGCGCAGAUGCUGGGUCUUGAUCGCGGUGCGGGCCCACGCGUGCUGCUCGACGAGCAUGAUCAAGGUCGUAUUGACCCGGAACACAUGUGGUAUCGUCUUGUAAUCUCUGAUCGUUACCUGUCACUGAUUUUGGGCCUGCCACAGGGAGCACCCGAGAACCCCUUUGCGUCCCCACAGGCCCUCGAGAGUUGCACUGCCCUGGAGCGCUUGGAGCGGAUGGAGGCAGUAGCAGGUGGACUUAUUCUGCAGCGCAAUGUGUCUGGUCUACAAGACAUUGCCAAAACCCAAGAGAUUGACGCGCUGCUCCAGGAGAUCACGACCCUGAUGCCACCUCAGUGGUGGCUAGCCCCGCGCGCCGCCGCCCUCGUCGGUGACAACAGCCAGGCGCUUCAUCAGACCAUCCGCCUGAUGAACCAGUUCACGCAUUAUCACUUGCUGGCGCAGCUUCACCUGCCCUACCUUCUCCGACACUCAGAAGGGGGACAAUAUGAAUAUAGCAAAGCCACAGCCGUAAUGGCUAGUCGGGAAAUCCUGACACGCUUCGUGUCUUUCCGCGGCUCAGUCUCGGUCGCCGCAUAUUGCAGGGGGAUUGACAUUCUGGCCUUCAUUGCGAGCACGGUAAUGAGUCUUGCACACAUCAGGGCUCGCCUCCCGCAGCACGUCAAGGAGAAUGACCGCGGCGAUACCCUACCAAUGUUAGCACACCAGCGGCUAAGCGACCGGGCUCUGCUUGAGCAUACACUUGAGUGUAUCUCGAAGAUGGCAGAAGGCGGCAAAGACGUCCUGGCCUGCAAGAUUUCCAGCAUCCUCGAGCGCCUGCUUGACAUCGAAGAUAACGCCACCAAGGGCGAACCGUACCGCACCACAGUCUCCCCGGAGCCGGACGAGGCCGAAUCUCAACAUGCUGACAGGGCAUCUGGGGUGGGCCACACGCUGCGGAUCCACAUUCCGUAUUUUGGAACAAUAAAGAUAGAGCACAGAAGCAUGUCGAGCUCAGUUGGUGUUGAGCAGGCAUCGCUAGGUGGGGAGUCUCGAGCCUACCCAGCCCUGGACUCCCUGGCCCAUCACAGGGACUACCAUCCCCGAGGCCUUUCGCAGGAGCAUGGCAGAGGGGGCCCAGGAGUGGGAGAAUCGAUUCCCUUCACGCCAGACCCGGUUGGGUGCGGGGAACAUGCCGAUGCUGACGGGCAACCCUUCUCACCUGAGCGUGACCUGCCCACGACGGGACCUGGAGUACAGUCGGGAACAGCAGCCCUGGAAGUCGACAUUUUCGACCUGGGACAUGCUGGAGUCGAUACGACAGCCUUGUUCGGCCCAGGUUCAACGGCAGACGUGGAUGACUGGGGGUUGCAAGGGGUGGACAUGGCUCUUUUUGACAGUCUAAUUCGAGGAGUUGCGGAGCCAGGCGCGGACCCAGACGCAGACUAGUGAGGGUCGAGGUUCCUGGACCCGACUGCUUGGAACAGGGCCACACUGCCAAGUGGAGGCGAUGGAUAAACAUGGAUGGAGUGACAUUAUCUGGCAAGAUGCACGACCUACCUAGGUAGCACCCACAAGUCACCUAGGUGUAGUGAACAGCGAGGAACGCGUAAGAAUGUCGAGGUUCGAUCGCCCUGGGACGUGGUUCUAUGUUUCCAUGUGCCUGUGCAUGGUGACAUCAACCAUCAUGUUUUCAUCACAGCGGAUCGGACCACCGCAAGCAGGCAGGCCAGUGGAGGCGACCUGACGGUUCGAAUAUUCAGCCCUACCCACGCGGCGUGCAGCUGUCUCGAGUGCAUGCGACACGGAACACAUGCAGUGACAGGGCUAGCGAGCCCGGGGUAGGUGACAGUCAGGGAACUAAGAAAUGCAGGCCAAGGAGGGCCCGUCAGC